UAACACACCUAUCUAUCCGACCAACCACAAAAUACAAUAAGCAGACCCGAAUACCAAACACGCAAGAUACCACGACUGCCAUGCCGCCAAGCAAUCCUCCCAUCGCGUCCUCUAGCAUCCCGUCGUUAUCGUACGAAUCCGCUAUACAUAACACGUGGACGGACAUUACUACGGUAAGCAAGCACCACGUGAACGGACAUUACGAUGAGAAAACACCGCGUGAAGCGGAGUGUUUGUUUUUGCGAGUUAGUUAUCUAUUCGCCUCACUUUCAACUUCCCGUGCUCCCAUUUUCUUAUUCCGUUUCCGCCUCACUGUCGAUAUCGGUAUUAGUGAAGUUGGGUUUGGAGGUAGGGUAGAGAGGACUGUUGAAGGAUUUUGA